UAAGAGGUCAUCAGCUGACCUCACGAUUUAUUAUUCUGCGGGUGGAGCCGCAUUUUGUGCCAGUCUCUGAUUUAUACGGACGAUAAAGUCAGAAAAGGCGGGCUGAUCGGCGGUGAAGGCGAGGCAUCUGGGUUCAGACAUGGCAGCUUCAACUGCCGUCAAGUCGUUUUUCGAGCUCUCGGCGAAGGCUCUGUCGGGGGAGACGGUGAACUUCAGCCGGUACCAGGGGAAGGUGGUUCUGGUGGAGAACGUGGCGUCUCUCUGAGGCACGACGGUGCGGGACUUCACCCAGUUGAACGAGCUGGCCGCCAUGUUUGGGGACAAGCUCGCUAUCCUGGGGUUUCCCUGCAACCAGUUCGGGCAUCAGGAAAAUGCCACCAAUGACGAGAUCCUGAAUUCCCUGAAGUAUGUCCGACCUGGAAACGGUUUCGAGCCCAAGUUCGACAUGUUCUCUAAGGUCCAAGUCAACGGAUCCGAGGCUGAUCCCGUCUUUGCCUACCUACGCGAGAAGCUCCCCAUCCCCGCCGACUCUGAGAACGCGUUUCUCAUCAUGAAGGAUCCAAAGUGCGUCAUCUGGAGCCCGGUCACGCGUACAGACAUCGCCUGGAACUUCGAGAAGUUCCUGAUUGGUCCAGACGGGCAGCCAAUCAAGCGAUUCAGCCGCUACUUCCAGACCAUCGACAUCAAGAAGGAUAUAGAAGCGCUGAUGAAGUAGGCUGGCCAAUGGGAAGGCUCCUACCAGAUGUACUUUGGAAGGCAGUUGCCUUGUUUAGCAAUUUUGUAUCUGUACUUGAUUUGCAUAUUAAGAAAUAUUGCAGAUUUACUUACAACUGUCUAAAACACAGCCAUGUCCAUUUGUAAAAUGAAAUUCAAAAGAGGUAUUUUAUAUUUCAAACUCUAUUUUACACAACAAUUUUCAGAAAACAGAGAAAGUUGGACAGUUUCAUUUCACAACAGCAGUGAGAUUCUGACAUAUAUCAUGUUCCCAAUUUUACUGUGCAGUAAAGAUCAGUGUACUUAGCAGUACCGGUAUCUGUCAUGUAGAUGACUUUCACUAUAUAGAUUUUGAAGUUUUAGUGAACAUAGACAUUCCAUUAGAAAAGAUUAGAUAAAAAAGUAUUAGACUUUUGAAGAGUACAAAGAACUCCCACAUGGUCACUUUUGUUUGGAAAUGGUAACAAAAUCAUGUACAACCUCUGUAUAAGCAUGACAAGGCAGCUACAUGUAUACACGAGGAGAUAGCAUAUCAAGAUAAGCAUUGUUUUGAGGUAACGUUACAAUACAUUGAUACAAUGUUGCAAAACAAGUGCGACAUCUUUGCCAGCGCCGUAGCAGCGCCGACCAGUUACGCUCAUGAAGGUUCAGCCGUAAAGCGACAGCUGGCUGAGCUGGAACCAUUUCUGUAACAGUUUGGCUUCACGCUAGAUCGCUGUCAAAGAUGGCUGCCCUCCAUUGUCAACUACAUUUUAAACUUAACAUGUGUGUUCAUUUAUAUCAGGUUUUGGUGUAGGAAAAAGUAGUGAUAUCUGCUUAUUUACUCAGUUUCACAAAGAAGGAAUUUGUAAACCACAUUCUUAAGUUUUGCCCCUCUCCAAUGAAAGAAGACCUAUGGCAUUGUGUAAGAUAAGAAAUAAGAAAAAAGCAAUAACUUCAAGUUCAGAAAGGUCAACAGUACUUGGUAACGUUAUUACACUUAAUAAAACUUGUUCAAUACCCAGAAUGGUGGAGAACUGCAGUUGGAAAAUCAGUGACAGAAUGAUUUGAAAGAUUUGUUGCAUUUGUUCUGCUAUUAGGAUGUUGAUUUGAUAGUAAUACACAGAUGUGAGGCUAUUUUGUGAUUCUCUGAGAAAGUAUUUUGCACUUACAGAACUACACUUUUACAUACUAAAACCAGGUUUGUCACUACAACAUAAGUAGCCUACUAGGUGUUUUUCAAACAGAAUAAAUGGCACAUGUCACUUA